GUUAUUUUUCCAUUACAUAUACUACUAGUGAAGAAAUAAACUUAAAAUAUAAACUAUUAUAAAUAAUUUUAACUUGAAGGAACAAAAAGUCAUUAAAAUGAAUCCAUUAACGAAUAUGAAAAAUGUGUUGAAGUUAAGUGAGAAUGAAUUAAAAUCUAAUUCUAAAACAUCUUGGCAUGAUAUGUACAAGGACUCCGCUUGGAUUUUUGUUGGAGGCUUACCAUACGAUUUGACAGAAGGGGACAUUAUUUGUGUUUUUUCACAAUAUGGAGAAAUUGUUAAUAUAAACUUAGUACGAGAUAAGAAAACUGGGAAAUCAAAAGGAUUUUGUUUCAUUUGUUUCGAAGAUCAACGCUCUACUGUACUUUCGGUAGAUAAUUUAAAUGGAAUUAAGAUUUUAGGGCGAACCUUAAGAGUCGAUCAUGUCGCUGAGUAUAAAGUUCCAAAAGAUGAUGACAAGAUAGAUGAAGAAACUCGCCAGCUUCGAUUAGAAGGUUGUGCGCCAAAAUUACAAAUACCAUCAGACCUUAUUAAGGAAGAAAAAUCCAGUAUCCCAGAAAGCGAAGGAGGGAUUAAAUUACCAGAAAGAUUACCGAUAGGAAAUAUUAGUGAAAUGAUAAAAAUGAAGAAAGAGAAAAAGUCAAAGAAAUCUAAGAAAGUAAAAAAGGAAAAAAAGGCAAGCAAAAAGCGUAAACAUAAAAAAAAGAGCUCAGAGUCUGAUUCUGGUGAUAGUUCAACUAGUAGUGAAAAAAAUGAACGGCGAAAGAAAAAACGUCGUAGGAGAAGUUAUUCGAAUAGCACUGAUAGUGACUAGUAGUGAUAAUAGUGAAUAAGAAUAUCAGUAUAGGAAU